UAUAAGAACAGAAAGUUCAUUUUAGCAAACAUUCUAAUAAUUUUUGCGAUGAAUACAUAAGAUAUGUGUUUGCAUUUAUAUGUGAAACCUGAGUAGUGACAGACAUUUCAAAAUGCAUAGACUUGAUUCACAAGUGUCAUUAUCUUGUGCUGUAUGUUAUACGAGAAAGAAUCUGAAGUAUCGAUGCAUGGAAUGUAAAGUUUCAAUAUGUGAAAAAUGCAAGGAUUGUCAUUCUAAUUUUCCAUCAAAUUCAAGUCACACUGUUUUGUCUAUUGACAUCAUCACUACAAACAAUCAAACAGAAUAUGAAAUCAGGAAAAUGCCUUGCAAGGAACAUGACACCAAAAAGUAUUCAUCUUUUUGUCAAACUUGCAAAUUUCUGAUUUGUGAAGAUUGCUCUGCUGAAAGCCACUCAUAUCAUAGAAUUAUUGAUAUAGAUAAUUUUUUACAAGAGAAUUUUACCAGUGGAGAAAAAAGUAAAAGGAAAUUAAUGAGGAGAAUGUCUUCUGAUGAUUCAGGUUUUCUACUUGUAGAUUACCCAGAGGAGGAUGGCAGUCUGCCCCCAGUCUGGCAUUCAGCCGGAGCAGGAUCUUUAUUUAUGACGAGAACAGUAGAAUUUAAAGUCAUUAAAACAUUCGCAACAAAGUUACCAGCAAUAAACAGUAUAGAAAUGGUAAAUAAAGAUGAAGCAUUCAUUUGUUAUUAUGAAGGAGAUAUUUAUAAAAUUAGUCUAACACCAACACUAUUUACCAACAGACUGAGGCAUAUCGAUGAAUUUAGAGGAUUAGAACCAGCUGACCUAGCUGUUAAUUCAAUUGGGGAUAUGUAUCUAACAUGCAGAAUUGACAACUCUAUAAAACUAGUGAGGAAAAACAAGCACAAUAAAACUCAGAUAUCAUCACUACCCAAACAUUUCACCAUGGAACCUUUGUGCAUUCAUUGUGAGAAAGACAAUGAUUCAAUCAUCUGGAUAGGGCUUGCUGAAAUUGGAGCAAACUUUAAACUAUCAUAUAAUAGAUCUCGUCAAGUGGUUUCAAUCUUACCUGAUGGAAAAUUAUGUAAUAUUUUUGAAUAUACCGAAAAAAAUGAAGCACUAUUUACAUUUCCAUGGCGAAUAACAUCACAUCAGGGUAGGAUUUAUGUGAUUGACAGAAAAAGUGAAUACUCUGGGACAGUUGUAGCACUCACUAAGUAUGGCAAUAUAAAAUGGAGAUACAGUGACCUACAUCCAAGUUUCAGCCCAAGACAAUUCCUUCCUUCUGAUGUAGUAGUUACAGAAUUCGCAAAAAUCAUAGUGUUAGAUUCAGCUAACAAUGCAUUCCAUAUGCUUAACAUUGAUGGUUAUCAAAUUUUACACCAAUCACUGAAAGGCUUAGAAAUUGAAUAUCCAAUCAGCAUGAAAUUUGAUGAAUCAAACUAUUUAUGGAUUGGCAGUGGAUUCAAAGGUGCUGCUGAAAAUAAUGCUAAACUGUACAAAAUUAAAAUUACAGGAAUAUAAUAAAAAAUAUUUCAGUAUUUUUCAAUACAUUUGUAAUUGGUUAGAGGCAAAAGAUUUUCUAACGAGCUGUCAAAACAGAUUUUGCAAGGUUCAUUCUGCAAAAACUUCCAUGUGAUAUUACUGUCAUUAUAUAAACUAUUGAAACACAUUGAAAUUAAAUGUACAACUACAUGCCAAUUAUUAUUAAAAAAAAAUCACACACUUUUGUCAUAUUCUUUCAUAAUUAGGACUUUAUCUUUAGCCAUGGCAGUGGUAUAUUACAUGUAUACAAUUUUGCAAUCUUACAAAAACUGAUUUUCCAAACAUGUGAGGCAAAGUU